AUGCCUUUUCUUAUUUUUGUUCCGGUCUUUCUCACUCUAACCGAGGUCUUGGAAACGGUCGCGGUAGUAGGAGCCGUGGCAACCACCACUUAUGUAGGAGUUCGAACGGUUGGAACGGUUAUUGAUGCAGCUACUAGGGGUUCCGAUACCUCUUUCCCCACUUCUUCUCCUUCCUCUACCAUCCGUUGUGAAGCAAAAGUAGGCAAACCUCCCGUGAACGAACCUGGUUGGGAACGUAAAUGGGAACCUCCACGAGGUUGGGAUGGCGAAAAGAAAAAGGUUCCUAACGAUAAAAGCAAAAAAAGAGGAUAUCCUCAUAAAGAUGGAAGUGUUUGGGUUCCUGAUGAUCAUCAACACGGUGGUCCUGGUUGGGAAGUUCAGUAUCCUAACGGCGAUCAUGAACAUGUUGGUAAAGAUGGUAAAGUUAGGAAACAUUGA